GGGGGUCCGGGUCCGGGUCCGGGAACGCGGACGGCGGCGACUCACGGCCGGUCCAUCCGCAACACAACUCAGCCCGGAGCAAGCGACACCUGGAGGGGGUCCUGAAGAAGUACACCAACCUGCUCCAGGGCUGGCAGAGCAGGUAUUUUGUUCUGGACCCAGAAGCCGGUCAGCUUCAGUACUUUCUGAAUGAAGUCAGUAAAAAUCAGCGACCCCCCCGAGGGUUCCUGCCCCUCCUCGGAGCGAUGGUGAUCUCCAGUGACAAGUUUCAAUACAUGUUCACGAUCAAAUCUAGCGCUGGGGAUACGUACAAACUGAGAGCUCUGGACGCUCAGCAGCAGGAGUUAUGGAUGACUCAGCUUCAACUGUGCUCCAGACGCCACUCUGACAGCAAGGCGAUGAGUCCAGAUGAAGGGCAGCAGAAGAACCUGGUGAACUCUGUAGAGUGUCUGGCCACUAGAAGAGGACCGCUCUCUGCUCUGGAUGAGGACCUGCUCCUCUUCAAAGCCACCUCCGCAGCCACUCUGAGCUGCCUGGGUGGGUGUCUCUCCAUGCUGCAGCACAACGUGGUCCAGGCUCUCAACCAGAACCAGAACCACAUCGGCAGUCCCAGCCUGAGCCACAGUUCAGCCGGUUUGAGCCCGUCGGCUCCCGCGGAGAGAGUCAGACCAAGGAGUGUGCACACGGCAGAGCCCGGAGGUCUGAGGUCCAGCAGUCAGAGCCCGACACCCAGCCUCAGUGAGAGUCAAAACACACCAGUGCCACCAAUCACAUCCAGACCCAGAGCCCGCUACGAGCUCCUGCAGCUGAGCUGAGAGACGGGAGGACAGAUGCCUCUAUGGGAUGGUCCCGGUGUGCCUCUGAGAAGAAGGUGAAGAACGGAGCUCUUCCGUCCUCCUCCACCUGUCAGUCUUCAUCGCAGACAGACAAAGACACAGUCUGUC